AUGAGGUGCAAUUGGCAAAAAUGUGAUAAUGAAUGGUAUGAGAAGCGUACACAACACAAUAUGAUUUGGGAUAUCGAUGAUAUUAGUAUAAGACGUGGUAUCAUAGCUGUUGCAUCUAAUGGAGGUCCUAUAGCAAUAUUAAAUUCAUCUAGUAAAUCAUCUAACUUAUUACCAAAUUUUGAAUUAACAUCUUAUACAAAUUCUGGUAAGCUAAUAGCUAAUAUAUCUUGGUUAGAUCAUAUUCCUGUUACAAUAGGUUGGUGUUCAUAUGACAUACUAGUAUGCGUUUUUGCUGAUGGUACUGUCCGUACACUUUCUCCUUUUCUAGAUCAGCUAUCAAUUUUUCAUCUAAAAAGUGAUUUUAAAAGUGAUGGUUGUAUAAUUCUUGCAAAAAUUUCUUCAUAUGGUAUAUUUUUUGUAACUGCAUUAUAUCAAGUAUAUUAUAAUGCCUCAUUUUUUGAGCCUGACUGUUUCAUAUUAACUAAUAUACCAUUAAGAUGUAAUCCAUUAGAAAUAACUUGGAUAUUUUGUCCUUGUGAUUCUGUUGAAAAAACUAGGAUAUUUCCAACAAGUAUUUUUUUACCUCUUGAAGAUUCUUCUAUAGCAAUUUUAAAUAUUUGGGACCCACAUAUAACAUCUAUAUCUAGUAAUUCUUUGAUGGAAAUAAAUCCAGUUGAUCCUGCAUAUUUUGAAAUAUCUUCAACUGAAAAUAAAGAUGAUAAAUUUUUAGCAUUUUCAUUGUCACCAAAAGGAAAGUUUAUAGCAUUUUUAACUCAAUCUUGUAAAUUUACAGUACUAAGGACUAGUAAUAUAUUUGCAGAGCCAGUUAUGUCAUAUAAAUUUGGUAUAUCAUUUAGUAAAUUAAAACAAAUGGUUUGGUGUGGAGAUGAUUCAAUUGUCAUUAGUGCAUUAGUACCUGUUGAUAAUGUUUCUAAUUUACCAUCUAUGAAAAAUCAAAAAGCAAAGAGUAUUGUAUAUAUAGGAGGUCAUAAUAAUCAAUGGCUUUCAUAUUUAUAUGGUAAACAAUCUACAAUUCUUUUAUCAGAAGUAGAUGGGGUAAAAAUUAUUACAUCUAGUGUAUCAGACUUUAUAUAUAAAAUACCAGAUCCUAUUCAAAAAAUUUUUGGAAUUGGUAGUUGUGAGCCUAGUGCCAUGUUAUUUUUUGCAUAUGAAAAAUAUAAAAGUGGGGAUAUUACAUCACAUCAUUCUCUUCGUUCGAUUUCUCCAAAUAUUAUUGAUGCAAGUAAAGUAUGUAUUGAAGCUUCUAUAUACCAAUAUCAUAAUUUAGAAGUAGCUAUAGCCUUAUUAAGGGCUGCCUCAUUUGGAAAGGCAUAUUCACUAAAAAUAAAUAAUUUCGAUAAAUCUGUAAUUGAUGAAUGGGAAAAAUUAUUUAUAGAAACUUGUAGAGAUUUAAGGAUUGUUCAUGCUAUUAAGAAAUCUGAGGCUGAAAUUGAAGCUUCUGUUGAACAAAUCCGUUUCUAUGGAUAUUUAACAUUGACUUCACGCCUUGCUAAUCAUAAAUGUCAUCUUUUAGCUUUAAGAAUAUGUGAAUAUUCUGUGUUAAAUAUAGAUCACAUAUUAUCAAAUUGGGCUUCUAAUAAAAUCAAAAACUCUUUGGAAUCUACUGAUGAAGAAUUAGCUGAAAUAAUAUUAGCUAAAGUAUUAUAUAGACAAUCAUAUAAAAAUUUAAAUAGCUCAUGUAUUGCUAAUAUAGCUGAUAUAGCUGCUAAAUUAGGUCGGCCUCAUCUUGCCACUAUGAUUAUAUAUCAUGAAAAUGAUAUAAAUAAAAGAGUUGAUAUGUUAUUAAAGCUCCCAUCAUUUAAAUUGGCUGCUGAACAAGCUAUCAAAGCUAAAAACAUGGAAUUAAUAUAUAAAUGUGUUCAAAAUUUACUAAAUCAAUCAAAACAAAUUUCAAAUACAGAAAAUACAUCUAAUUUGUCUUCAAUAUAUGAAAAUCAAUACUCACAAAAACAAUAUUGGAGUGCUGAUAUUAUAGAUACUUUAGUUAGUGUACCAAAUAUUGUACCAUUUCUAAUUUAUUACUGUCAAUAUAUUGGAGAAAGUAUGCUCCUUUUAAAAUUAUUUGAACAAAUGGAAAAUUUUGUAGAUGCUGGAUGGAUUAUGGUUAUGUUAGCUUGUCAAAAAGAUAUUGAUCUUAGUAUCAAGUUAGAACAUUUAGCUCAUGCAGCUGCUUAUUUUACUUCUUCUAUAAAAAUUAGUCAAACUUCAGAUUUAACAAAUAAAUCUCAAGCUUCAAAUAUGGUCAAAGCUUUAAAUAUUGCUAGAAAUUUAUCAUCUCCUCAAGAUAGUCUUUUUGGGAAUUCUUUUAUUCAAGCUCCUCAUAAUGGAUUAGAUUCUUCAUUCGAACGUGAAAUAAUUUUAGCAGAAAUUGAACUUAUACAAUAUCAAAUUAACCUUGAUUCUAAAGCUAAACAAGCUUCUUGGAAUAUAUCAAAUAUUCCUGAUCAUACAAGUUUUGUAGGGCUUUCUCUUGCUAAAACUAUUGAAUCAUUAGCAUUUCUAGGGUUAAUUGAAGAUUUAGAAACUAUGAAAAAUAUACUUCAAAUACCUGAUCAAAUAUUUUCAAUUUACAAAAUUAAAGGUUUAGCAUUAGGUCAACAUUUUGAAGAAGUUCUUAAUUUUGUACAAUUAUCAAAUAAAGUACCUGUAAUAGGAUAUGAACGUAUCAUUGAGAUAUGUAUUGAUUAUGAUGCUAGACAUAUUGCUGCGAAAUUUAUUCCUAAAUUAAAAGAUUUAGAGAGGCAAGUCUUUUGGUACAAUAGAGCAGGUAUGCAUAGAGAAGCUCAAGCUAUUAGAACUAGUCAAAAUUCUUCAGUACAAUCAAAAAUAAUGGAAAGGGUAUCGGGUGCCAUACAUAUUUUUGGCGUGGGUACUCAAUAA